AUGAGCAGCACGUAUGUGACCCUAGCUGAGGUUCUGGAGGCUAGGGGAGGGCCUCUAGAGGAGGAUGAGGUCUGGUCCCUGCUGCUGGGCUCUGCUGAAACACUGCUGGAUCUCUCCUAUAAAGGUCACAACAACAUCUGCAACAUUAUCAGUCCUGCGUCACUGCUCCUGUCCGCAACUGGCACGCUAGCGUUUAAGAACUGUGCGAUGACAGAUGAGGCAUGUGCCUUCACUGCACCAGAGAUGCUGCAAGGCCGUGCCAUCACCACUAAACUGGCCAUGGAGAAGAUGAUUGUAUACUCUCUUGGCAUGACUCUCUAUUGGUCAGUGGACUAUCACCUUCCUCAAAACCAGCCAGUUCAGCUGAGUGACUCUCUGAACUGCCUUCUGUUGAGCAUGUGUGAGGACAUGGCUCAUCGGCGAGUGAACCUCAACACCAUCCUGGAGGCGUGUGAAUCGCACCAUAAAGCCUCACUCCUGCCCCCACCUGAUAAAGUUAUUAAGCAGCUGGUAGAAGACGUCUUCCAUGAAUCUGGUGACCGGUCCACUCUUUCAGAGAAUACAGUGCAGCUUAGUGGCAGAAGCCAGAUGAUCAGAGAAAGGCUCCAUGGGAAGCAGGGAGCAUACCCCAGCUACACUGAGGGGAGCGGAGCUGCAGCAGAUAGGCGCAGACUAUCACUGGAUUCAGAGUCUAUGCAGGGAGACUUACGUCAUCAGAAAACCUGGUUCUUCAAAAAUAAACCGUCACAGAUGCCUAUGUACCAGAGCCCUCAGAGCAGAAUUCUACAGGGAGCCCAUCACAGCAGCCGAAAUAGCAGCUGGCUUUCCCAGAGCCCAUACCUUCACGUCCCCCACAAGGGCAAACAAAGACUUCCAAGCUCCAGUGUUACCAUCAGUGAGUCUACUGUCAGUCUCACCCACAGGAAGGCUAAGAGUCUAGGACCUGAGUUUGCAAGAAUGGUUGAUGAGCCUCAAAUCAUUUUAGAGCUGCCUGGAUCUAUAGUGUCAAAGAAAGGGAAGUCCUGUUUAUCACAAAGAGAAGUUAGUGUUGUGAUGCCAAACGAGCAGUGUGUGACGGUGAGGUGCGACAUCAAGUCCAGAGGCAGAGAUAUCUUCGAUAUGGUUGUGGCUCAUGCUAACCUUGUGGAGCACUUUUACUUUGGCCUCGCUUUCAUUGAUGAUGAUGAAUUUUUCUUUUUGGACCAUGAGACAAAAGUCUCUAAAGUUGCUCCAGACUCUUGGAAGAAACUAGCAGCCUCUACGUUCAGCCUUUUUCUCCGCGUCAAAUUUUUUGCUGAUGACGUCUCCUUCAUAUUGCACAGACUAACUCGUCACCAGUACUAUCUCCAGCUGAGGAGAGAUAUUCUGGAGGAUCGAGUGUACUGUAAUGAGGAUACUGCUGUAUUUCUUGCUGCUUUGGCCUUGCAGGCUGAGUUUGGAGACUACAUGCCUGAGGUGUAUGGAAAGAACUAUUUUCAAACAGAGCAGUACAUACCAAAAAGAGCGAUGGAAAAAAUCGCCUUGCCCUGUUUGAGGGAAGAGUUGCCAAGAUUACAUGCCAAUAAUGCCCAGAUGCUUCCGGAAGAGGCUGAGAUGGAGUUUUUAAAGAUUGCACAGCAGCUACCAGAAUAUGGGGUGUUGUUUCACCGAGUGGCUCGUGAAAAGAAGCCUAUUAUUGGAGAGCUGACUCUGGGAAUUUGUGCCAAAGGCAUUAUGGUUUAUGAAGUCAAAAACAACUCUCGGAUAUUAAUCCGCAGAUUUCAGUGGUCUGAAACUGAUAGUAUCUCAACAAGUCGGCGAAAGUUCACUGUAGAAUGUGGCCCCAGUGGGAAAAAGCACUCUUUUCUAACUGAAAGCUCCAAAAUUGCCCAGUAUCUCCUGAACCUCUGCUCUGCCCAGCACAAGUUCCACAGUGAGAUGACCUCACGACAGCUGACAAGUUUAGCCUCAGAUGACAAUAUAGCAAAACAUUCUUCAAUAUAUCGUGCUCGACACAAUCAGAUGAAGAGGCUGUCAUGUUCAGAGGUGGUGCUUAAUAAUGUUGGUCUGAGCACACUGCCCAUGGACUCCAUAAGCAAGUCGUGUGAUGAUCUGUCAGCUAAGAUUCAGUUGCAAAGAGAAAUGAAUGACAUUCCUGAACCACGAGCACUGAGUGAGCUGAAGAAACCCACUGAAAGCUGCAGCCCUCCGGAACCCUUUAGUUCUCCCGUUUAUCGAAUCAUGUCCAAUGUGUCUCUGCAUAAGCAGGACUCAGAGUCUUACUCCAUCUCAUCUGUGAAAGUUGACACUCCUGUUAGAACGCCACCAGAAAGAGAAAUCAUCUGUGUGACACUGAAGAAGGAUCCUAAGCUCGGCUAUGGUUUUAUAAUAGUUGGAGAAGACAACACAGGAAAGUUAGAUCUGGGAAUCUUUAUUGCGUCCAUUGUACCUGAUGGACCAGCUGAUAAAGAUGGCAGAAUCAGGCCAGGUGGCCGUUUAAUCUCUCUUAAUAAGACCAGUUUGGAGGGAGUUACAUUCAGUGCAGCUGCUGCCAUCUUACAGAACAGCCCAGAUGAAGUGGAGCUUAUAGUGUCUCAACCAAAACAAGAACUUGGAGACAGUAAAACCUCUUUGACUACUGGUAACCUGAGCAUGAUGUUGGAGAGAGGCUUCGACUCUCAGACAACUCUGAAUGCAGAGUACCGGCCAGUAAUGGAGGAACUGGAGGAGGCCCUGUCAAACAUCCUGACCCCCAAAACAGGCAGAAGACUACACAUCCCUGUUGUUCGAAUUCUAGAUUCACAGGAUACAUUCUCUAGAUCCUCCUCCAUCUCCAGUCUCAGGCCAGGUGAACUGCUCUGCAUGGAACUCAAGAAAGUCAAUGGCAGUCUAGGCAUCAGUGUUGCUGGAGGGAUCAACACCAGUGUACGCUAUGGGGGGAUCUAUAUCAAAAGCCUGGUUCCGGGAGGAGCUGCCGAUCAGGAUGGUCGAAUACAGAUUGGUGACAGGCUGCUGGAAGUAGAUGGCUAUAACCUGCGAGGCGUCACCCAUGGGCAGGCUGUAGAGAGCCUGAAGAAAACUGGAGAGGUGGUGACUCUGCUCAUAGAGAGAGAGCCCCCUGUGGUGUUGGAAACCUCAAGCUCCUCAUCCACUAUGGAAAGACAGAAAGCUCCCUCACCCUUCAGUGCACAGUGCACCCCCCUCAGGAGAGAUGUUGCCAUGGAAACGUCCUUGUCUGUCAGGACUAAGGACUACAGCUUUGUGUCACACGAGAACACACUGGAAGUGGCUCUAAAGAAGAAUCUCAGUGGUUUGGGCUUUAGCUUCCUCAUCUGUGACCUGAGAGAUGAAGGAGGCAGUGUGGUGCGCAUUAGGAGACUGUUCCCUGGGCAGCCUGCUGAACAGUGUGGCCUGCUUCGAAAGGGAGAUGUCAUCCUCGCAGUUAAUGGAAAGCCCCUCAGAGGCCUCUCCUAUCAGAAAGUACUGCAGCUUCUGCAGGGAGCUCCGUCUGAGGUAAGGCUGUCAAUCUGCAGACCUUCACCAGGCCAGCUUCCAGACAUACGCACUAACUCACUGAGUGCUUCCCCACUGCACACUAAAGAGCAGAGGUCACGGUCUUUGGACCUGCGGGUGGGAUCUAUUUCUCCGGAUUUCAAUGACUUGCUCCAGCAGAAGGCUAUGGCACUAAGCCAGAGGACAGACUGGGCUUUAGACAAACCCCAAGCUGUCCACAUGACCCUGCAAGGCCAGGACAGUGAACAGGAUAAGACGCCGUCAACUCCAUCAUCUCCACCCUCACCUCCAUCUCCAGAUCCAGAGGAGAGUUUGGCUGUUCAGGAGAAAGUUCUCAUCACCACUUGCCCUCUUCUAUCUCCAGCCCUGAUUGCCAUGACAACCACCGACCCUGCACCAGAUACGCCCAAGGACUCUACCACUCUUCAAGUCUCACAGCCAGAGCUGAAAGAGGAGGUUCCCUCCAAAACAAGCCAGAGCUCUGCCCAUAUUAGUGACCUCACUGAGGACCUUGAUGGGAGUAGGGCAAGCUUCAUGGCUAAUGGGCUGGCUAUCUUAGCUGAUGAGGAAUACCUGACCAUCACCACCACUUCAGGCAGUCCACCCAGCUGCAGCACUGCCUCUACCAGAGUUCUGACCCCUCCUAUACCUCUCACAUUACCUCCACCCUUUCUUCCACCUUUUCUACCACCUCACAGCCCACCUCAAGCCACAGAACAAUUACCUGCUACCCCAGCCCAGCCUACUCCAGACCCACCAACAAGCACCAACAAUGGCUGGGAUGAUGAUGAGGAAGAAGAUGAUGAAGACCCCAGAAAGGAUGUGUUAAAGGAGUUUGAGCUCACAGUGACACUCAGUAAAUCAUGGAGUGGCAGUUUUGGGUUCACCAUCACCAGGAGUAAACUAGAUGGCUGCUAUUACAUUCAGGAUAUCCUGGAUAAUCCAGCCAAAGCAGAUGGGCGGCUCAGACCAGGGGACAGACUUAUCAUGGUGAAUGGUCAUAAUGUAACCAAUGUGACAGAUGAAGUGGCCAUGAGAAUUCUAAGGUACUCUUCUAAAAGACUCCACAUGGUGCUGGGCAGAGCUGUGCAGAACCUGUUGCCCCCUCCACCACCAGACACCCUUCAAGACAUCAUUAUAUACAAGCCCCCCCCUGGUCAAAUGGGUAUAAAGCUGACAGGGGGAAUUGGCAGCAAGUGGCAGGGCAUUUAUGUUCAGGAAGUGGUGCCAAACUCUCCCGCCAGUGAGGAGGGCAGCAUUCAGCCCAAUGACAGAAUUGUCUACAUCAGUGGCAUGUGCACCCUUGGCAUGACUCUGGAGGAUGCAGUGAAAGCCUGUGAGAAUGCCUCACGCAAAGUCAAACUCAAAGCCAUGAGAGACGAUCAACCUGUGACACCCAAGGGCAAAUGGAAUGGUUUGUUUGAGUGGAAGAAAGAGAAGAAGUUUCUCCCUCGCUUUGAGGAGUCCAGCUCAUGUGAAGUGGAAGCAGUAUCUGACGAUGUUAAAGCUCUGAGCGAAAACGCAGUGAGAUUAAGGCAUAGGUCGUCUGUAACCUUGGAACAGGAGAGUUGCAUUGUUCAGGUAGAGUUUACUAAACCUGAGAGAGGUGGCCUGGGCUUUUCUCUGGCAGGCGGUACCAACGGGAGCAAUCUGCGAGUCAGGGACAUCUGCUGUGGGAGUGUAGCCGACCAGGAUGGACGGCUGCGUAUAGGAGAUAUCCUCUUGGAGGUGAAUGGAGUGAUUGUCUCGGGAUUGAGCCACAGUAAAGUGGUGGAUAUUCUACGGAAAGCAGAGGGCACUGUUCAGCUCACAGUGUGCAGAGACAUUGUGCCUGUCACUACCUGCUCCGGCUCUAGCUCCUCCACUGAGGCCCUUCAGGAACACAGUGCAUCCAGCACCACAAGAGUAACCUCAGACCCACAGGUGCAGGAGGAUCAUUUGUCUUUCCAGCCAUCAGAGUGUCAUAGGAUAAGGAUGGAAACUGAGCAGGAUAGCCGAAACACUACACCUACCUUUCAGAGGUGUUGCCCAUCUCUGGGUGUUACAGACAUGCUUCAGGGCAGGACAGACCCCCAGAAGCAGCAUUUAGAAAAUUCUACCACGAAUGUGGAGCAAAGCCACUCAGACGGCUGGAGCAGUGACGAUGAUGAUGAUGAGGACGAUGAUGACCCCGCUCGAACCUCCUCUCUAGAAACAAUACCUCACACAGAUCGCCCUAUCGUGUCAGAAGAGGAGCUGUCCAGUCUUGCACUUAUAAGCCCACCUAAGAACAGCCAGUACUCAGGGGCCAGGCUCAAAGCCCUGAUUCAGAUCCUCCAGAGUCAACUGGAUCAGCAGGAGCUGGUGAAAGAGUUUACGGCCUUGGAACAUUUGAAGCCCUCAGACAACUGCCUGGUUGGAAAAGCACCAGAGAACCGGGAGAAGAACAGAUACAGAGAUAUCCUGCCCUAUGAUGAGACACGUGUUCCAGUGGGAGAGACACAGGAUUACAUCAAUGCCAGCUACAUCCGGAUGAAAGUGGGCACAGAGGAGUUUUUCUACAUUUCAUCACAGGGCCCUCUGCCUAGCACUCAGGACUGUUUCUGGCAGAUGGUGUGGGAGAACAAGUCCAACGUCAUCGCCAUGAUGACCCAGGAAGUCGAGCAUGGUAGGGUCAAAUGCCACAAGUACUGGCCCGAGAAGCUGAAUGUUCCCAUGGAAACUGGCCGCUACCAGUUGAUCCUGGACAACUACCAGAUCCAGGACUACUUCCACAUCAAGAUCAUCAAGAUGGUAGAGAAAGAGACUGGAGCCACUCACUUUGUGACACAUCUGAAAUUUACCACUUGGCCAGACCAUGGCACUCCACGUUCGUCCAAGCAGCUGGUGCACUUUAUCCGCUACAUGCGGGCGGUUCACUCCAAAGGGCCCAUCACAGUGCACUGCAGUGCUGGCAUUGGCCGGGCCGGCGUCCUCAUCUGCAUUGAUGUCAUUCUCAGCCUCAUUGAGAAAGACCUCACUAUUAAUGUGAGUGAGAUUGUGAGGGAGAUGCGGCUGCAGCGCUAUGGGAUGAUUCAGACCAAGGAACAGUACCUCUUCUGUUACAAAGUGUGGCUGGAAGUAUUGCAGAGCAUCUUGCUUCUUCAAGGCAACCAGUGGCAAUCAGAAACCCCCUCGUGAACGAGCUCUGGCUUCUUUCCACCUUAAGUUAUUCCACAGUUUCCUCAGCACGACGGCUGUACUCGUCUGUUUGGAGUGGUGUUGAAAUGCUGCCGCGCGAGUUAUCUGAUGUUAAUCAUGUGGACUGAGUCUGAGUUGCAGUGCUGUUCUGAUCAUUUGCUGCACUCCUGUAGUAUUAAUUAUGGCACAGGAAGUACACUAGACAUUUUCAUCAACUGUGUUAUGUCCUCGUAUGAUUGGAUUUAUAUUUUAAUGUACCAUGUAUGACUUAGAGCACUGAUUUCAUAGCCUUCAGGGGCUCUUACUCAUUUUGCCUUGAAAAUGUAGCGAGUUAGUGAAAUAUUAUACUUAAGUCAUUUAUUCAUACUUGUUUUUUUAAUGCUUGUAAUGUUUCAAGCAUUUUGCACAACUUCAAGCUUUAAGAAUUCCAAUGCGGUAUAAUAUUGUAUCUGUGGAAAUUGUCUAUGAAUAUGUAAGCAAAGCCUAAAAUGUUUUAAUUUACUGUUAUAAUUGUUGUUAUUGUUACUGUUUAAGUAAUCUAGGCGGUGCACAUUAACAAGAAGCAAUGAUACAUUAACAACAAAAGCACAGAAGCAAAAGCAACAAGUAACCAAUUAAAAUGUAGAAUCAAAAGCAACAAAACAUAUAGAAAUGGUAAUGACAGCAUUAUGAGGUUCAGUAUAAGAAGUUGUUCUUAAUUUGAAAGGCUGUUAAUCAUUCUUAAGGACCAGCUUUAAGACAGACACUCUGAGCUAAAAAUCUUGACUAAAGUGCCUUUUUAGUUUGUCCUGGUGGGCAGCUUUAACGGUCUUCUCCUUAACUGAAGUAAGCUACCUUGGCUGCAAGCUGCCUUCAUGGCAGAAACAGUUAACCCAAAGAAACAUGGGUGAAUAUAUGAGAUUACCAACCAGAGCCUUCUUUAGAUGCUAUUCAGCAGACAUUAUUCCACUGAUAACCCUUAAAUGAAUUAAUACCAUAGAAUAAAAAAAUACGCCUGGGUCCAAAAGGCUAUUAGAGAAAUCCUUUACAGCAGUGAGGAUACUGCCAGUAAUCCAAAAUCACUGAAUAGGAGCUGUAGAAGUAUAAAGCACAGCUUUUAUUUUUAUUUAUUCUUUUAUGUUUUAGAAUCACACCUCUGGGGUGAUUUUAUUGCACUGUAAGAAAUAUUACCAUGCAUUCUGGUCAACUGGUCAACUCAAAUCUUUGUUUUAAAAAGAUAAGAAGCUGAAACGGAACAGAAGUAAUUUACAUGCUGCUAUAGAAAAACACAUCAACGCUGAUAUUUACCCACUAAUUGUAUUGCAGAUUUUUUUUUAUCAUUUCUGAUGUGUAUAGAUGUGCUGCUGUUAUUUGCAUACACUAUUAUACAAACUGUACAUUUGAAAUUCUCCUCAGUGAAUGUUAUUUCGUUUAGAGAGAGUUUCAUAAUCUCAAUAAUGCAAAACUCUGAUGGUAAUAAUUUUUGCAAAUUAAAAAACACCAGUUCCUCAUACGGUGAUGUGGUUCUUUCAGGUCAAACAUUUCAUUUGUUUGUCUUUAAGUUGAACAUCUGCUGACUAAAAGACUAACCCUUAAAACAGAUUAAAGCAAGCUGCUUACUCUAAAGAGGAUGUGCAGCAAUGUCAGAUACAUGUGCUGUCCUUGUGCAGGUCUGUCCAAUUAUGGUUCUUGCUGUAGUCGCACUGUCGGUGAUGCGCUUUAGGGGUGAAACGUAAACAGGGUUUGGCAGCCAAAGCCACAGCACAUGGAGUGGUGUGCUCCCACUCAGCUUUUACUGCAGAAUAAUUACAGCCUCUCCCAGGGACCUUUGUGACAGCAUGGAAAGCCCUAGAAAGCCCUGCUUAAGAGCGGGAAAAUCUUAAAAGCCAGAACUCUGGCGAAACCAAAACCAGCAACUUUCACUAAUGCACUCUUCUAG